UUUUUUUCCCCCCAGUUGUCCAAUGAAACCACGGAAUGUCCGCCACGUCACGGCUGGUAUUUUUCAGUGGGUGUGAAGGAAGAGGUUUGAACUUUGAAUCGUGUCCACAGCAGCAGCAGCAGCAGCAGCAGUUUGAACAGCUGAGAGAGCAGCAGUGACAGCAGAGAAAGUGUCCAGCUGUCUGUCAGCCAGGACCCGCUGCCCUCACACAACUUUCUAGGACCAUGUCGUUCAUUCUUAUGAAGAAGAAGAGAUUCAAAUUCAGAGUAGAUUUCGACUUGGAGGAGUUGUCAUCGAUUCCCUUCGUGAACGAAGUACUGUUCUGUAAAGUGAGGCUCCUGGAUGGAGGAUUUGGCGAGGAAUCGAGUCGGGAACCCGUCCAAGCCAACUGUGUUCACUGGAAGAAGAGAUUCUCCUUCAUGUGUAAGAUGAGUGCCAGUGCUGGGACAGGUGUGCUGGACCCCUGUAUGUGCCGGGUGUCUGUGCGCAAGGAAUUAAAGGGUGGAAAGACUUUUGCAAAGCUGGGCUUUGCUGAUUUGAACCUGUCAGAGUUUGCUGGGUCUGGCAGCACUAUUCGACGAUGUCUCCUCGAAGGAUAUGACACAAAGAACACCAGACAGGACAACUCAAUACUCAAGGUUGUCAUCACCACACAACUUAUGUCUGGGGACCCCUGCUUUAAAACUCCCCCAUCUACAGCCAUGACUCUGGGAAUUCCACAGUCUGAAGCAGAGUGUCUCCUUGAGGACAGGAAAGGAGGGGACAUCCACAUAGCCCAUUCGUUCACAUACCAUCCAGGAAAGUCAGUGUCAGUCCCAGAUGAGCUUAUAAUGUAUGGUCACUCUAGAACAUCCAGCUAUGCAAGUCAGCUGUCAAAAAUUUCAGGUUACAGCUCGAAUCACUCCAGUUUAACAGAUCUGAGCCAUCGACGGAGCGGGUCAGGAGGUUCUGCCUCUACAGGCAUCGGCAGCAUCCUUGAACCCAGUGAUCACACGGAGAGAGGAGAGAAGGAGUUUAGGAGCACUCCUCCAGUCUCUGCAAUCUGCCAUCAUGCAUCUGAAAACCCCUCCACUCCUACCAAAGUUCUAAGACACCCAGUAAAGCAGAACUCUAUGGAGAAUCAGCUGAAGAGAGUUGAUGCCACCAGGGUGGAUGCUGAUGACAUAAUAGAGAAAAUUCUACAGAGCCAGGAUUUCAGCCAUGGCUUCUUGGACUCCAGUGCAGAGGAGGAGGGGCUCAGCUUGUUUGUGGGUCCUGGUGGGAGUACAGCCUUGGGAAGUCAGCACACAAGGGUCGCAACUGGAGCUUUCGAGCAGGUGGUGAUCAACCGCUAGGCUUUGGGAAGCAUGUGUCUCUCACAAAGGGUGCCGUAUUACACUGAUCUUCUGUUGGCCGGGACAGCCCUCUAGUGUUCAAGAAGUGGAGCUGAAGGCCAAGUUACUGAAACAUUGUGUCUCCUAAGAUGACAUAUCUCUUGGUCUUCUUCAGCUGUGUGAAAAAUGGUAGGACAUGGGAUGCCUACUGUAAGUCUGCUCAGCCCUUUUGGUGCCAUUUGAGCUGCCAGGCUUGCCCCAUGUUUUUCAAAAGUAGGUAUAAGUAUCCCACUUCUCUGUUCACCCACUGUGGUAUGAAUGUGAUUUUGUUUCAUUGUUAGAGACAAAAAGUCAAAUGUCUGUACUGUAAAGGCCUUAUGUACCACACAUUUUUGUAUUAGUAUUUUGCUUAUUGACGUUCUAAUGGAGGGUUUUGGAGGAUGAAGGACGCAGGAUUUUAUGCAAGGAGAGAGUCUCAGGCAAUCACUGGUUAAUUUCUCUAUCAGUGAUAAUUUAUAAUAGCAUAAGUGGCUGGAGAGAGAACAGUGUCUGUCCCUCCUGUCCAUAUAUUUAAAAUGAUAGAAAACGGAUGGUGGAGACUUUAUUUACAUUUUUUUUAGUACAUACACUACGUUCCAUGUGUUGAUAUUUAUUUGUAUUCAUGGCCAAAUUUUUAAAUAAAGAAAAGAACAUCCACUCGGACCACUA